UAAACUGACAUAGUUGUAAGAAGAAUCAACACGACCAAGGAGACAACAAUGGGGACAUCAUCCCUCCCCAGAGUUCUGCCUUGCAUGCUGAUUCUGUUUUCGCUGUCUUCAGUGGUAUUUUCGCAAACGCCAACCGUCUCCGUUACACAGGCCGCAUAUAGUGGUGUUCCAGGAGGCAGCGUUACUCUGGUCUGUUCCGUCUCCUCCACAGCGGCCAUCACCUCGGCGUUUUGGUAUCGUGACCGCGGUGGCUCUGCGAUUACUAUAACAAAUGGCGGAAAGUACUCGUUUCCAAUCGGUACCAACCCGUCCCUGACCAUCACCAGCUUGACCAACGACGAUACAGGAAGUUACAGGUGCUUUGCAGGGACAGCCACAUCACAAAUUGGACAGAGUGAUUUGACUUUUCUUACAGUGUCAACGCCGAAUGCGGCCCCUGUUGUACAGCAUCCUCAAACUUCCUACACGCAGGAUGUAGGAGGAUCGGUUACGAUUGGUUGUGUGAUUUCCGCCAAUCCUGGCGCCACCUCAGUUGUCUGGACGAAAAAUUCUGCCACCAUCACCAUUGACGGUUCCAAGUACCAAAAUGGAAAUACUGCAACGCCAUCUCUCCUAAUAGCUAACCUCGUUCUGGCAGACGCUGGAACUUUCGUGUGUGGAGCAACAAAUGCCUUUGGUUCAGCACAGACAACUGGUGCAACACUCACAGUAACCGGAUCCGUUCCGGUGUUGUCCACCCCAACAACAAGUGUCACCGCCAACAUCGGAACUUCUAUAACACUUCAAUGUAGCAUACAAUCCGCUAACCCGGCAGUGACGUCCGUGACCUGGCUGUUCGUCCCUUCGGCUGGCGGGGCUACAACCAAUAUCAAUUCCGCUACAAAUGGUUAUACUGGAUCAACUACCGCUAACCCGUCUCUUACUAUUACCAGUGUAAGCAGUGCAAACGCUGGCACCUACACCUGUGGUGCUGUAAAUGCUGCUGGACCAGGUCAAGGUCUGCCCAUUACUCUGACUGUAACCGGAAGUCCGCCGAUUGUUUCUGUUGGACAGUCGGCCUAUUCUGUUGGGAUUGGUGGGGUAGUUACACUUGUUUGUAAUGUAAACUCAGGCAGCUCCGUAACUAGUGUCAUCUGGCGAAAACUAGCUGGCACUGUCUAUCAACAAGUUCUAAUCACAAGCAACAGCAGAUACAGCGGAGGAACGACGACUUCGCCAUCUUUUUCUAUCACGAAUGCCCAAACAAGCGACGGAGGAACUUUCACAUGUGAAGCAUUUAAUCAAUUCGGGACCACAACAAGUUCAACAACUGUGCUGACCGUCACUGGAAAUCCACCGACAGUAUCCAUUCCCCAACCAACCUAUGCGACAAACUCUGGUGGUACUGUUACACUUACCUGUAGCAUAAGUUCAAAUCCAUUCCAAACUGGAGUUACUUGGCAGAAACUUGUAGGCAGCGUUUUUCAGCAGGUCCAAAUCACAGGCAACAGUAGAUACAGUGGAGGCACUACCACCUCGCCGAACUUUGUGAUCACCGGUGCCUUGACAACUGACAGUGGAACCUACCAAUGUACAGCUACAAAUCAAUUCGGGACAUCACAGAGUGGGACAACUCAGCUAACUGUCAGUGGAACUGCUCCUAGCGUGUCUAUACCCCAGCCAACGUAUGCGACAAACUCUGGUGGAUCCAUUACUCUUGUCUGUAACGUAAACUCCAAUCCAUUCCAAACCGGAGUUACCUGGCAGAAACUUGUAGGCAGCGUUUAUCAACAGGUUCAAAUCACAAGCAACAGUAGAUACAGUGGAGGCACUACCACCUCGACGAACCUUGUCAUCACCGGUGCCUUGACAACUGACAGUGGAACCUACCAAUGUACAGCCACAAAUCAAUUCGGGACAGCACAGAGUGGGACAACUCAGCUGACUGUCAGUGGAGUCGUUCCGAGCGUGUCUAUCCCUCAGCAAACCUAUGCGACAAACUCUGGAGGGUCCAUUACUCUUGUCUGUAACGUAAACGCAGAUCCAUUCCAAACCGGAAUUGCCUGGCAGAUACUUGUAGGCACCGUAUAUCAACAGGUUCAAAUCACAACCAACAGUAGAUAUAGUGGAGGAACUACCACCUCGACAAACUUUGUCAUCACAAACGCCCAAACCAGUGACAGUGGAACCUACAGAUGUACAGCGACAAAUUCGAUUGGCACUGCACAGAGCGGGACUACCCAGCUUACAGUCAGUGGUACUGCUCCUAGCGUGUCUAUACCCCAGCAAACCUAUGCGACAAACUCUGGUGGAUCCAUUACUCUUGUCUGCAACGUAAACGCUAACCCAUUCCAAACCGGAGUUACCUGGCACAAACUUGUAGGCACCGCUUAUCAACAGGUUCAAAUCACAACCAACAGUAGAUACAGUGGAGGCACUACCACGUCGACGAACCUUGUCAUCACCGGUGCCUUGACAACUGACAGUGGAACCUACCAAUGUAGAGCCACAAAUCAAUUCGGGACAUCACAGAGUGGGACAACUCAGCUGACUGUCAGUGGAGUCGUUCCGAGCGUGUCUAUCCCUCAGCAAACCUAUGCGACAAACUCUGGAGGGUCCAUUACUCUUGUCUGUAACGUAAACGCAGAUCCAUUCCAAACCGGAAUUGCCUGGCAGAUACUUGUAGGCACCGUAUAUCAACAGGUUCAAAUCACAACCAACAGUAGAUAUAGUGGAGGAACUACCACCUCGACAAACUUUGUCAUCACAAACGCCCAAACCAGUGACAGUGGAACCUACAGAUGUACAGCGACAAAUUCGAUUGGUACUGCACAGAGCGGGACUACCCAGCUUACAGUCAGUGGUACUGCUCCUAGCGUGUCUAUACCCCAGCAAACCUAUGCGACAAACUCUGGUGGAUCCAUUACUCUUGUCUGCAACGUAAACGCUAACCCAUUCCAAACCGGAGUUACCUGGCACAAACUUGUAGGCACCGCUUAUCAACAGGUUCAAAUCACAACCAACAGUAGAUACAGUGGAGGCACUACCACGUCGACGAACCUUGUCAUCACCGGUGCCUUGACAACUGACAGUGGAACCUACCAAUGUAGAGCCACAAAUCAAUUCGGGACAUCACAGAGUGGGACAACUCAGCUGACUGUCAGUGGAGUCGUUCCGAGCGUGUCUAUCCCUCAGCAAACCUAUGCGACAAACUCUGGAGGGUCCAUUACUCUUGUCUGUAACGUAAACGCAGAUCCAUUCCAAACCGGAAUUGCCUGGCAGAUACUUGUAGGCACCGUAUAUCAACAGGUUCAAAUCACAACCAACAGUAGAUAUAGUGGAGGAACUACCAGCUCGACAAACUUUGUCAUCACAAACGCCCAAACCAGUGACAGUGGAACCUACAGAUGUACAGCGACAAAUUCGAUUGGCACUGCACAGAGCGGGACUACCCAGCUUACAGUCAGUGGUACUGCUCCUAGCGUGUCUAUACCCCAGCAAACCUAUGCGACAAACUCUGGUGGAUCCAUUACUCUUGUCUGCAACGUAAACGCUAACCCAUUCCAAACCGGAGUUACCUGGCACAAACUUGUAGGCACCGCUUAUCAACAGGUUCAAAUCACAACCAACAGUAGAUACAGUGGAGGCACUACCACGUCGACGAACCUUGUCAUCACCGGUGCCUUGACAACUGACAGUGGAACCUACCAAUGUAGAGCCACAAAUCAAUUCGGGACAUCACAGAGUGGGACAACUCAGCUGACUGUCAGUGGAGUCGUUCCGAGCGUGUCUAUCCCUCAGCAAACCUAUGCGACAAACUCUGGAGGGUCCAUUACUCUUGUCUGUAACGUAAACGCAGAUCCAUUCCAAACCGGAAUUGCCUGGCAGAUACUUGUAGGCACCGUGUAUCAACAGGUUCAAAUCACAACCACCAGUAGAUAUAGUGGAGGAACUACCAGCUCGACAAACUUUGUCAUCACAAACGCCCAAACCAGUGACAGUGGAACCUACAGAUGUACAGCGACAAAUUCGAUUGGCACUGCACAGAGCGGGACUACCCAGCUUACAGUCAGUGGUACUGCUCCUAGCGUGUCUAUACCCCAGCAAACCUAUGCGACAAACUCUGGUGGAUCCAUUACUCUUGUCUGCAACGUAAACGCUAACCCAUUCCAAACCGGAGUUACCUGGCACAAACUUGUAGGCACCGCUUAUCAACAGGUUCAAAUCACAACCAACAGUAGAUACAGUGGAGGCACUACCACGUCGACGAACCUUGUCAUCACCGGUGCCUUGACAACUGACAGUGGAACCUACCAAUGUAGAGCCACAAAUCAAUUCGGGACAUCACAGAGUGGGACAACUCAGCUGACUGUCAGUGGAGUCGUUCCGAGCGUGUCUAUCCCUCAGCAAACCUAUGCGACAAACUCUGGAGGGUCCAUAACUCUUGUCUGUAACGUAAACGCAGAUCCAUUCCAAACCGGAGUCACAUGGCAGAAACUUGUAGGCACCGUUUAUCAACAGGUUCAAAUCACAACCAACAGUAGAUAUAGUGGAGGAACUGCCAGCUCGACAAACUUUGCCAUCACAAACGCCCAAACCAGUGACAGUGGAACCUACAGAUGUACAGCGACAAAUUCGAUUGGCACUGCACAGAGCGGGACUACCCAGCUUACAGUCAGUGGUAGUGCUCCGAGCGUGUCUAUCCCCCAGCAAACCUAUGCGACAAACUCUGGAGGGUCCAUUACUCUUGUCUGUAACGUAAACGCAGAUCCUUUCCAAACUGGCGUUACCUGGCACAAACUUGUAGGCACCGCUUAUCAACAGGUUCAAAUCACAACCAACAGUAGAUACAGUGGAGGCACAACCACGUCGACGAACCUUGUCAUCACCGGUGCCUUGACAACUGACAGUGGAACCUACCAAUGUAGAGCCACAAAUCAAUUCGGGACAUCACAGAGUGGGACAACUCAGCUGACUGUCAGUGGAGUCGUUCCGAGCGUGUCUAUCCCUCAGCAAACCUAUGCGACAAACUCUGGAGGGUCCAUUACUCUUGUCUGUAACGUAAACGCAGAUCCAUUCCAAACUGGAGUUACCUGGCACAAACUUGUAGGCAGCGUUUAUCAACAGGUUCAAAUCACAACCAACAGUAGAUACAGUGGAGGCACUACCACCUCGACGAACCUUGUCAUCACCGGUGCCUUGACAACUGACAGUGGAACCUACCAAUGUAGAGCCACAAAUCAAUUCGGGACUGGACAGAGUGGAACCACCCAGCUUACAGUCAGUGGAAUUCUGCCGAGUGUGUCUAUUCCGGAGAGUUCAUAUUCCGUUACUGCUAGUGGAACAAUUCAGCUUGUCUGUAACGUAAACGCUGAUCCCAUCCAAACGAGCGUUGCUUGGCAGAAACUUGUGAACAGUGUUUUUCAACAAGUUCAGGUGAACAAUAACAACAGAUACACCGGCGGGACACCAACAACACCAUCAUUCACCAUCACUAACGCCGCACUGAGUGACGGUGGAACGUACAGAUGUACGGCAACCAAUCAAGUCGGGACCGGGCAAAGCGGGACAACCCAGCUUACAGUCAGUGGAAGCGUACCAAGCGUGUCGAUACCACAGCCUAGUUACACUGUUACCCUAGGAGGUAGUGUUACAAUUCCAUGUAACAUAAUCGCCAACCCAUCAGUUACUUCAGUAAGCUGGCAGAAAAUCACUAACAAUGUACCUCAGACGGUUGCUAUAACGUCACUGGCCAGAUACUCCGGUGGAUCUACAACCAUCCCAGGCCUAACCAUUACUGGUGUCUUGACGUCCGACGCGGGCUUUUACAGAUGCUCGGCAACCAACACUUUGAAUACUGGAACUAGCGGCCAGACACAACUCAUAGUUACAAGUGCCCCAACAGUGUCUAUUCCCUCGCCAACCUACACAGCAACUACUGGUACGGCCGUUACCCUUGUCUGUAACAUUAUCAACGCCAACCCGACCCAAACAAGCGUCCGCUGGGAUAAACUUGUUAGCAACGCUUUUCAGCAAGUUGCGAUCACCACCAACAGCAGAUAUAAUGGGGGAACUCCGAGCUCACCGUCUUUAGCUAUUACAAACUCCCAACCAGGCGACAGUGGAACUUACAGAUGUUCAGCGACUAAUACAGUCGGGACGGGGACUAGCGGAACGACCCAGCUUACAGUCAGUGGAAGUUUCCCGUCCGUCUCAAUUCCCCAGCAAACUUAUACAGCAACUACUGGUGCAGCUGUUACUCUUGUCUGUAACGUAAACGCCAACCCAACCCAAACCAGCGUUAACUGGGAGAAACUUGUUAACAAUGCCUAUCAGCAAGUUACAAUUACCGGCAAUAAUAGAUACAGCGGGGGUACUGCCGGUUCACCAUCUUUAGUAAUCACAAACUCCGAACCAGGCGACAGUGGAACUUACAAAUGUUCAGCGACUAAUGCAGUCGGGACUGGAAUGAGCGGAACGACCCAGCUUACAGUCAGUGGAAGUUUCCCGUCCGUCUCAAUUCCCCAGCCAACUUAUACAGCAACUACUGGUGCAGCUGUUACCCUUGUCUGUAACGUAAACGCCAACCCAACCCAAACCAGCGUUAACUGGGAGAAACUUGUUAACAAUGCCUAUCAGCAAGUUGCAAUUACCACCAACAGUAGAUACGGUGGAGGAACUGCCGGUUCACCAUCUUUAGUAAUCACCAACUCCCAACCAGGCGACAGUGGAACUUACAAAUGUUCAGCGACUAAUGCAGUCGGGACUGGAAUGAGCGGAACGACCCAGCUUACAGUCAGUGGAAGUAUCCCGUCCGUCUCAAUUCCCCAGCCAACUUAUACAGCAACUACUGGUGCAGCUGUUACCCUUGUCUGUAACGUAAACGCCAACCCAACCCAAACCAGCGUUAACUGGGAGAAACUUGUUAACAAUGCCUAUCAGCAAGUUGCAAUUACCACCAACAAUAGAUACGGUGGAGGAACUGCCGGUUCACCAUCUUUAGUAAUCACCAACUCCCAACCAGGCGACAGUGGAACUUACAAAUGUUCAGCGACUAAUGCAGUCGGGACUGGAAUGAGCGGAACGACCCAGCUUACAGUCAGUGGAAGUAUUCCGUCCGUCUCAAUUCCCCAGCCAACUUAUACAGCAACUACUGGUGCAGCUGUUACUCUUGUCUGUAACGUAAACGCCAACCCAACCCAAACCAGCGUUAACUGGGAGAAACUUGUUAACAAUGCCUAUCAGCAAGUUGCAAUUACCACCAACAGUAGAUACGGUGGAGGAACUGCCGGUUCACCAUCUUUAGUAAUCACCAACUCCCAACCAGGCGACAGUGCAACUUACAAAUGUUCAGCGACUAAUGCAGUCGGGACUGGAAUGAGCGGAACGACCCAGCUUACAGUCAGUGGAAGUAUACCAACGGUAACAAUUCCACAGACAGUUUAUACUGCAACUACAAGUUCGACUGUUAUGCUUACUUGUACCGUAAACGCCAGUCCCUUCCAAACCUCUGUCGGAUGGGAUCGGCUUGUGAACGGUAUAUAUCAGGAUGCUGGAAUUUCCUCCAACAAUAGAUACAGUGGCGGGACCACAAACAACCCAACAUUAACCAUCACUAAUUCCCAGCCGAGCGAUAGUGGAACUUACAGGUGCAAGGCGACUAAUCAAGUCGGGACUGGAUUCAGCGUAACGACACAACUUACAGUUAGCGGAAACGUUCCAGUGGUAAACAUUCCACAGCCAACAUAUACAGUUGUCAUUGGGUCUUCAAUCGCCAUCCCUUGUUCGGUUACAUCUAAUCCUACACAUAGCACCGUUACCUGGCAACGCAUCGCCAAUGGUCAAGUUACCACGCUGGACAUUCCGAAUAGUGGUGGUAAAUAUUCGGUCGGACCAAUAACUGCGCCUACUCUGACCAUUAGCAACGCUCAAAGUGGUGAUGCUGGACCAUACAAUUGUAUCGCAGUCAACACUGUUGGCUCGGGACAGGAUUCUGCCACAUUAGCUGUUAGCGGAGCCAUUCCAUCAGUGACCAUUCCUCAGAGUGGCUAUUCUGUGCAAACCGGAAGUUCCAUCACCAUUCCCUGUAACAUCGUAGCUACCCCUUCGAUAACUGCUGUACAAUGGGAAAAGGUACAGGGAACUACUUCAACGCCAUUAACCAUCAAUAACGUGGACUAUUCCGGAGGCAGUACAACAACACCCGCUCUCACCAUACCGUCCGCCAGUAGGUCGACCCACGCGGGCUUCUAUGUCUGUACCGCUACCAACGCUGUUGGGCUAGGAACAAGCGCAACCGUUGUCCUAUCAGUUACCGGAAACGUUCCGUCAGUAAGCGUACAACAAACACCCGCCACAGCCAUCACUGGGACUUCUACAACACUCCAGUGUUUUGUAAACGCCGAUCCCGUCGCGACAAUAGUCCAGUGGGAGAGAGUUGCCAGUAAUGGUGUUGCUACAGCAAUAAAUGUGGCAGGCAACUCAAAGUACACUGGCGCAUCGACUUCCAAUCCCUCUCUAACCAUCACGACAACUGUAGCAAGUGAUUCAGGAAUCUAUAGGUGUACAGCCACUAACGCCAUUGGCAAAGGAACCAGCGGCCAAGUCACUCUGACGGUCACGGGAAAUCCUCCGACAGUGUCUGUUACUCAGACUUCGUACACAGUGACCACUGGGUCCGCGGUAACACUCCAGUGCUCCGCCUCUGGGGUCCCGGCGGUAACCAGUGUGUCCUGGGAGAGGCUAGCUAAUGGACAAACGACACAAAUUCCUCUUAGCAGUGGCCAGUUCUCCAUCGGCAAUCCAUCCCUUGUUAUUAACAGUGCCGGAAGUGCAGAUGCGGGGACGUAUACAUGUAAAGCCGCCAAUAUCGUCGGUGCCGCACAAAGUAGCCCAGUGACACUCGCUGUUACCGGAGCUCCACCUACUGUGCAGAUCGGAUCUACCGUGUACACAGCAAUAACUGGUAGCAGUACAACUCUGGCGUGUACAGUAACCGCCACGCCCUCGGCUACCCUCGUACGCUGGACCAAACAGACAACGACUGGCACCGUACAAAUCACUACAGAUGGUACAAAGUACAGCGGUUCGACACCCUCCUCACCAUCUCUAAUCAUCAACAGCGUCUCCAGCACUGACGAAGGAACAUAUGUCUGUCAAGCUACUAACGUCGUAGGCACUGCCUCCAGCGCCCAGACUACUCUAUCAGUAAUUGGAUCCGUACCAAAUGUACAAGUUGCUCAGCCAUCCUACAGUGUCACAAAGGGUGGUACAAUCACACUGGCAUGUACAGUAACGGGCAUACCCGCAGCCACAUCAGUGGCCUGGAAACGGACGUCUGGUGGCACAGAAACUGUAGUAUCUACGGCUACAACCAAAUACUCAGGUUCGACGAUAGCUACUCCGUCGCUCACUAUCACUGGAGCCGCUAGCGAAGACGCGGCGACGUACGUGUGUACCGCCACCAACAGCGUCGGCGAGGGAAGGAGUACUCAAACAUCCCUCUCAGUUACAGGAGAUAUUCCGACCGUAACAGUUCCCGACCCAACAUACUCUAUCAUAUCCGGAAAUUCGAUCACUCUUCGGUGUAUCGUGUCAGCAACGCCCCCUGUCAACAGCAUUCAAUGGAAGAAGAUUAAAAACGCCGUAACAACAAAUAUUGACGUCAGCUUGGCGGCAUACACCGGUGGUACAACCGGAAGUCCGUCCCUAACCAUCGUGACGGCUUCAGCUGCUGAUACAGCAGAAUAUAUUUGUACAGCGACAAACAGUGUGGGAACAGCACAAAGCGGCCGGACCUCUCUCACUGUAACUGGAGCUGUCCCAACUGUGAAUAUACCAGUCUCCGCCUACUCUGUCGUCACUGGACAAUCAAUCACUAUCGUAUGUAACGUGGUAGCUAAUCCGGGAGCGAGCGCUAUCUCGUGGUCCAAGACAGUUGGCACCGUCACAUCUGUCUUGAACAUCGACAACAACAAGUUCACCGGAGGAAAUAUUCAAACGCCAUCCCUCACCAUUACCAACGCUGGCGCCAACGAUGCGGCCUCGUACACGUGUAAAGCUACCAACGUUGUAGGAUCUGGAUCUAGUAACGCGGCGGUACUCACGGUUACAGGAGGCUUACCUACAGUCACUAUUCAAAACCCGGCUAUCACUGCAGUGGUUGGUUCGUCUGUUACUUUCACCUGCAAGGUGACAGCCAAUCCUCAGGCCACUCAAGUCUCCUGGAAACGGACAAUUGGAGGGGUCACUACCACACUGACCACAAGUACCAAAUUCACGGGAUCUACAGUGACCAACCCUUCAUUGACCAUCAAUAAUUUAGCAACUGCUGACCAGGGAAGCUAUGUAUGUACCGCCACAAACCAGGUCGGUGUUGGGGAGAGUUCGCCUGGAACACUUACAGUUACCGGAAGUGUACCAUCAGUUGUGAUCAGUAAACCCUCAUACACAGUCGUCAUUGGACAAGAUGUCACAAUCGACUGUGACUUCACCGCCUCGCCAGAUGCCACCUCCAUCAAAUGGAGGAAGAUUGUGAACGACCAGCCAUCAGACUUAACUCUGACCGGAAAUGUGAAGUACUCGGGCGGCACACUAACAUCCCCGUCGUUAGUUGUCCGGACGACGGUCGCCACCGACCAAGCCUUCUACCAGUGCGUCGUUACUAACAGCGUCGGGAGCGGAGAAAGUACUACAGCUUAUCUGUUUGUGACCGGAGCGCCCCCUACCGCCACUGUCACACAGACGACAUACAACAUCAAUCUUGGUGACCCCGUCACGAUCACUUGUAAUGUUGCUGGAGUUCCAGACGUGACAUCAGUAUCUUGGACAAUAACCAAACCCCCUUCGACUGUCGCCAGCCCCAUUACCAUAGCAGCUCCCAAGUAUAGCGGAGGCUCCCUGACCACGCCCUCUUUGACCAUCUCUAGCACCACUCUGACAGACCAGGGAACAUACGCAUGCAAAGCCACAAACUCUCUCGGCACAGGAACCAGCUCAAAUGUAUUCCUCACCGUCGUCGGCUCCAGCCCAACUGUCAGCGUACCUGUGUCCGCAUACGCAGUGGACCUUGGAGGCGAAGUGGUACUACUAUGUAAUAUCGUGGCCAACCCAACCGUGACGUCAGUGUAUUGGACAAGGACCGUCAGCGGAGCAGUGAACCAAAUCACAGCGGCGGCUCCAAAGUACUCAGGAUCAGUUCCAACGAACCCGUCUUUGACUAUCAAGAAUUUGAUAAGUUCAGAUGAAGGAAGCUAUAGAUGUCACGCAUCCAACUCAGUGGGUUCUGGUCAGAGUGAACUCACCAGUUUGGUAGUUUCUGUCGCACCAACAAACAUAGUGGUCAACCCAGCUACAGUUACGAGGAGGGAGCAACAGUCAUUUUCGUCAACGUGCUCAGCGGAGGCCAACCCUGCUCCAACCUACAAAUGGGUCAAAAAGAGCACACAACAGGUCGUAUCAACAGUCCAAACGCUGUCCGUCCAGAACGUGGACCGUGGUCACAUUGGCGAAUACGUCUGUACUGCAACUAAUGCCCGCGGUUCAGCCUCAGCAACUCUUACUGUCAACAUCCAAUACAAGCCAAUCAGUACUGUUACUAAUGAGGAACAAACGAUGGUCAUUGGUAUGAAUGACCCAAGGACCUUGACCUGUAACACUAUCGCCAAUCCUGCUGUCGAGACAUACAGGUGGACAAAGGGCAACACCAAUAUUGCAGGCGCGACUGGACUUACUUACGUCGUCACGGUGGCGUCCAAUAGUGACUAUGGCGCAUACAGUUGCUAUGCAACCAAUUCUAUUGGCGAAUCAUCGGCCAUAACGUUCAACCUUCGGUCAGGAGCUGUGACCACGACGUUGGCACCGACAGCAGCUCCUGCAUUGACAACGGAAACGAUUAUUGCAAUAGCCGUGGCCAUUGCCGUCCUGCUUCUCAUUCUCAUCAUAAUCUGUGUGUGCUGUAUGGCACGUACUAAUGCCAAACCGAAAGUGACGAAGGUUUACACACGAAAGCCAACACCAGCUCCAAUGACAAUGGUUUCACCUCCGCCAAUGAUGAUGAGUGACCCCUCGAUGGCCAUUGUCCCGAUGGGAAAUUCAAUGCGACCAUAUGACAACUAUCACUUGGGCCGAAGCGGACUUCCUGCUCAUGAAUACACGUUUUACGAGAGCGAGCAAGCAAAGGACCGGUCAUCGUUCAUUGAGGGAUGAUUCCAUUUCACAAACGGGUCAACAAAAACAAAUCAUGGGAAAAUGUGGCUUCAUCUACAAAGUAGAUACAAUUGUGACGCAUUUGGUUGUAAAUGCACCAAUAUUUUCCAUUGAUAGUUCAACUAUGUUUAUUUCAAAGUUCUUAUAUACUAGUAACUGUUUUCUUCAGAGUUUACAGAUUUUUAAAACAUAUAUUUUAUAUUCUUUAAAAGUUUAAAUGAAUACCUUUAGUGUUUUUUUCACAAAUUCUGUAUAUUUGUAUUCUUUAUAAAAAAUAGAAAUACAUCUAUGUUAAGUAUUAAGAUAUACAGACAAAUCAAAUGUUUAUAUUGUACUCGACUAUUUUCCAUAUGUGUAUAGAGUCGCGUCCCUUGUGUGUACGUGCGUUGUCAUGGAGACCGAUUAGACUAACUGAUGCUGCGUGAAAGUCUGAAGAUGUGAAUACCUGGUAAUAUGUAGUAUGUUUAAGUCCUUGGUUAGAAACUGGAUCAUUCUUUAAUUUGACUGGAAAUUAAAUAUCUUACCUGACUAGAAGCUAAUAGAAUAUAUAUUUUAUUGAAUUGGGGUCUUGGCUAAAAAAAAAUCAAUGCUUGUAAUUAAUGUAUGAAAAACGUACUCAUAGACUGAAAGUUGAAUUCGUUUCUUGCUUGGAGAUGUUGGACAUUUCUGUGAAAUUGUUUGAUUUCAAAUUGUAUGCCUCUUCUUGUCAAAAUUGGGUGUGUAAAACACAGUAUCAUCUUCGGGUUCAUUAAAGACAUUCAUUUACCUUGAAGAUUAUUCUCAUACUUAGGUUUAUUUUUAUGUUUUUGAUGCAUUACAUGUACAUUUGAUAUGAGAGUAAUCAAAGUCAAUACCUGGAUAUCAUAAUGGGAGAGUGUAUAACGUUUACAUUCAGGACGCAACAGAAUCCACUGAUGAAGAUCGUUUAUAUUUACAAGUUAUAUAUAUAUAUAUGUUUUAUGUAUAUGUAUUAUUUACAUUUAUAUUAUCCAAUUUAAUCAAAAUCACAUUAUAUUCAAUAUCAUAACUCCUUUGUUUAUUAUUAUUAGUCACGCGACGUCUUUUAUAUUUUUUAUAUUGACGUUGCGUUCUUACUCAUUUGUUGUAUAUAAUAUCACGGAUUUAUAAUUACAUACAUUGCGAUACAUUGUAUGUAAUACCACGGACUUAUAUAAGAUUUUAUCUAAAUCCCUGAACAUACAUUGUGAUACAUUGUAUAUAAUAUCACGGAUUUAAAUCAGUUUUUAUCUAAAUCCAUGAACAUAAAUUGUGAUACAUUGUAUGUAAUACCACGGACUUAUAUCAGUUUUUAUCUAAAUCCGUGAACAUACAUUGUAUGUAAUACCACGGACUUAUAUCAGUUUUUAUCUAAAUCCGUGAACAUACAUUGUAUGUAAUAUCACGGACUUGUAUAAGAUUUUAUCUAAAUCUGUGAACAUACAUUGUGAUACAUUGUAUGUAAUACCACGGACUUGUAUAAGAUUUUAUCUAAAUCCGUGAACAUACAUUGUAUGUAAUAUCACGGACUUGUAUAAGAUUUUAUCUAAAUCUGUGAACAUACAUUGUGAUACAUUGUAUGUAAUGCCACGGACUUGUAUAAGAUUUUAUCUAAAUCUGUGAACAUACAUUGUGAUACAUUGUAUGUAAUACCACGGACUUAUAUAAGAUUUUAUCUAAAUCUGUGAACAUACAUUGUGAUACAUUGUAUGUAAUACCACGGACUUAUAUAAGAUUUUAUCUAAAUCUGUGAACAUACAUUGUGAUACAUUGUAUGUAAUACCACGGACUUAUAUAAGAUUUUAUCUAAAUCUGUGAACAUACAUUGUGAUACAUUGUAUGUAAUACCACGGACUUGUAUAAGAUUUUAUCUAAAUCUGUGAACAUACAUUGUGAUACAUUGUAUGUUAUACCACGGACUUAUAUAAGAUUUUAUCUAAAUCCAUGAACAUGCAUUGUGAUACAUUGUAUGUAAUACCACGGACUUGUAUAAGACUAUAUUUAAAUCUGUGAACAUACAUUGUGAUACAUUGUAUGCAAUACCACGGACUUGUAUAAGAUUUUAUCUAAAUCUGUGAACACAUUGUAUGUAAUACCACGGACUUGUGUAAGACUAUAUUUAAAUCCGUGAACAUGCAAUGCGAUACGUUUAUCACUCUGAUAUUAAAGAUUAUCAAUCAACUUA